AUGGCAUCUAGGACGUCGUCAGCGAUCUCGCUCACGAAGACCAUCAUUGGUGCUGGCUUGCUCUCCAUGCCCCUUGCGUUUUCUACCGACGGAAUUGUGGUUGGAGUGAUUAUUAUUCUUGUCGCAGCAAUCACUUCUGGUUAUGGGCUCUUUCUUCAGGCUUACGUGUCUCGAUAUACGUCUCCUGGACACGCCACGUUCUUUGCAUUGAGCUCGCUCACUUACAAGUCACUUUCCGUUGUUUUUGACUUGGCAAUUGCAAUCCAGUGUUUUGGGUGCGCGAUUCUGUACCUAGUAUUGGUCGGAGAUAUCAUGCCAACGAUCUUUGGGUCACCGUUCUGGCUGCCCAAAGUGUUCUGGAUUUUGGCGAGUACCUUUGUGUGCGUUCCGCUUUCGUUUCUACGGAAUUUGGACUCGUUGAAAUACAGUUCCAUUUUGGGUCUUGCCGCUAUUGCGUAUAUGUCGAUUUUGGUGAUUUUCCAUUUCUUUCUAGGUGACGCCUAUGUUCCAGGAGAGCGCCAUUUGGUGCCACAGAGUGCGUGGGGCGUUUUUUCCACAUUUUCUAUCAUCGUUUUCGCUUUCACUGGCCACCAGAAUAUGUUCUCAAUUAUCAAUGAAGCGUCAGAUCGGUCGCUUCAAGGCCUAACUUCGCUCAUCACAACCGCCAUCUUAGCAUCUUCAGGUCUUUUCGUGGCUGUUGGGCUUGCUGGAUAUUUGACUUUUGGCGAUUUGGUUUCGGGAAACAUCAUCUUGCUGUAUUCGCAUUCUUUGUCUGCCACGAUUGGAAAACUUUGUAUUGUUUUCAUGGUUUUGUUCAGCUUUCCCUUGAUGCUCCACCCUGCGAGAAUCAGCGUCAACAACAUAUACCAAUGGCUCAUACUGCCUAAAGAAUCGAGUGUUGAAAUCGACGACGAGACUCCACUUUUGGAAUCGCAAGCUCCCUCGCCUCCCAUAAAAAAAACGUUUGUUCCUUUGACGGUGAUUCUCCUCGUCGUGGGCUACAUAUUGGCUGUAAGCGUCAAGUCUUUUGCCCUAGUUUUGGCGGUUGUGGGCGCAACAGGAUCCACUGCAAUUUCGUUCAUUCUUCCAGGACUUUUCGGCUACAAGCUUAUCGGAUCGGAGCUGGCAAUUAUAAGUCGAUAUGAGAAAUUGUUGAAAACCUUAUCGCUUCUUCUUGUGGUUUGGGGUGUUGUGGUGAUGGUGGUGUGCUUGUACGUUAGUUUGCGAUAG